AUGAGUGAUGCAAAAGAUACAGCGGACAACUUAAGUCCCGGGUUUGAGAACCUAAACCUUCGAACGCCUAAGGCGGCCAAUCAUGAGAAUACGCAGUCACCACAGAGAGUAUCACAUUCACAGAUAAAUGGUGAUAUUCAGGCCAGGAUAUUGGCAUUUCAACAGAAGAGAACAAAACCGGUGAAUGGUGGACAUGGUGGGUUAAAUUCUAUGCCACCUUCUACCAACCACUUGAAUGAGGCACCAGACAAGCCAUUACCACCAUUACCACCACUACCUUCAUUACCUAAAUUGCCUAAUAUGCUGGCACAACAAAGGUCUUAUUCUCUGGGAGAUGCUAACGAUUUAGGUGUAAUUCCUUCGCCAAUGGAAGCGGAAAAUAACCACUCAAUCAACCACUCUAUGAAUCAGGCUAUGAGCAGAGGUAUGAACCAAUCUAUAAGCCAAGGUAUGUCCAGAACUUCGAGUUUAAAGAAGCAAGAUUCCCAGCAGCCACCAUUUGAAUUACUGAAGAAGCCAUCUUUAUCCCAAAGAAGAGGUAUGAAGCUUAAUUUAAGUGAAAUGAGUAGCCCAACUAGUGCUAGUUCUCCAGAUGAUACGAGUCCCAUAGGUGACGAUAGAAAGAACCCGGUGUUUCCAAACGCACCAAAGGGAAGUGAUAUGGAGUCUGGAGCUUUGAACACGACUGGUGAUUUAUCAAGAAUGUUAUCGGACAGAAAAAAGAAACCCAACUUUAAGUUGAAUUUGUCUAAUACAGGCGCUCCUGGAGUAAGCGGUAUGCAAAAUUCACAACCAAAUUCAAAUUCAACUUCGACAACCUCAUCAUUAAAUUCUUCUGGAUCCUCAACUACCAUGGCCACCAACAAUGAAACAAAUCAAUCUAAGAAGCCUCAAUUGCAGGGUUUAUUUGCAAAUUAUUCGAAAUAUGUAGAUAUAAAAUCUGGUUCGUUAAAUUUUGCUGGUAAGGCCUCUUUGCAUUCAAAGGGGAUUGAUUUCCUGUCAGGAUUGCUGUUCCGUAUCUCGUUAGAGGAAUUGGAGUUCUUAGAAGAAUUAGGUCAUGGUAAUUAUGGUGUUGUUCUGAAGGUUUUACAUAAGCCUACAGGCGUACUUAUGGCAAUGAAAGAAGUGAGAUUAGAAUUGGAUGAAACAAAAUUCACACAGAUCUUAAUGGAAUUAGAAAUUCUACAUAAGUGUGACUCACCAUAUAUUGUCGAUUUCUAUGGUGCUUUCUUUGUUGAAGGUGCUGUUUAUAUGUGUAUGGAGUAUAUGGAUGGAGGCUCUUUGGAUAAGAUAUACGGUAAAGAUGACGGUGUCAAAGAUGAAGCAUGUCUUGCAUACAUAACCGAAUGCGUUAUACGUGGAUUGAAGGAGUUGAAAGAUGAGCAUAAUAUUAUCCAUAGAGAUGUGAAACCGACGAACAUUUUGGUCAAUACACUAGGUAAAGUAAAGUUGUGUGAUUUUGGAGUUAGUGGUAAUCUAGUAGCGUCAUUAGCGAAGACAAAUAUUGGCUGUCAGUCAUAUAUGGCUCCCGAAAGAAUUAAGUCAUUAAGCCCAACUGACAAUACCUAUUCUGUUCAAUCUGAUAUUUGGUCUCUAGGAUUAAGUAUUUUGGAGAUUGCAGCGGGCCAUUAUCCUUAUCCGGCUGAAACUUAUGGUAAUAUAUUUUCCCAAUUAAGUGCUAUUGUUGACGGGGACCCUCCUAAAUUGGACCCCAAAGUGUUCUCCAAAGAUGCUCAAUUAUUUAUCAAGAGCUGUUUAAAUAAAAAUCCGGAUUUGAGGCCUUCAUAUGCAACUUUGUUAAAGCACCCAUGGUUGGCGAAAUAUAGGAAGAUUGAUCCUCAUAUGGAUAAAUUUGUAACAAAGAAGAUUCAGGAGCUCGAAGAAGAAAAGAACAAGAAGAAUUUAAGCAGGACAAAUAGCACAAAUUCGUCAGCUACUACCGCCAAGCCUCCAAAGGAGAAUGUUCGCUCUUUAUUAAAAGGAAAAGUUCAAGCUCCUGCUUUGCAUAGAGGCGGGUUAAUGAAUUCAAACAGAAACAGCUCCAAUCGAUAA